ACCAACAAGCCCAAUUGAUUACUUACGCAUCACACCAAGCAACCAUUUAUACGCACUUUUUUGAAUCUCAAGAUUCCCAUCUCAACCAUUUACCAAUAUGCAGACCACAACCACCUUCUCCCUGCUCGCCGCCGCUCUGAGUGGCCUCGCGUCCGCCGCCAUCCCCAAUGUCUACAUCAAUGCGUUCAGCUACGAGACCGAUGUGAACACUACUCUGACUCUCUUCCUCGGAGAGGUCUUCACCGACUCUACAGCGCUGAACCAGGUUUCGACCCUGUACCUCACGGGUCUCUCCAACGCUGAGCUCUCGAUCGAUACUAUCGUCUGCACCCCGUACAAAGAUGCUGAAGCCAGCGUGAUCGGCGGCCUGCCUUUCUAUGCAGCCUCUCCCGCAGCUUUCCUCUCGACCAAUGAAGUCGUGAUUGGCAGUAUCUACUGCUCCAGCACUGGCUUGAGCUACUAUUAAGGAAUCGAUGGAUCUGAGGUGUGGGAUGAGUUUGAGUGCCCUGGCUGGAGAGAACUCGCAGGAGCCAAAUCACUGGGAAGAAGUAUUCGAGAGAACUAUGUCUUGAACGGGAAAGGGGGACUUGAGGGACUAAUCUGAUUGCAAGAAGGCAUUAUUGUUUAUUGAUUUAUACUGAUUAACGCGUAUAUAGAGCCUUGUGUGGCAAGCUUUUGGCACCUCCACUAGGGUUAUACAUACGGGAGAUUGUGGAGGAAGCAUGCUUUUUGGAUAUUACAGAGUACUCAUGAAUAUACAACAUUAGACAAACUCAAGAUAU